AAAGUAUUUGCAUGCGAAUACAAGGACUGUGGUAAAGUAUUUGGUCGUCAAGAACAUGUCAAGCGUCAUAUUCGAUCUAUUCACACCAAGGAGAAGCCUUAUGUCUGUCCCUAUGAUACCUGUCAAAAACGAUUUGCUCGCUCUGAUAAUUUGAACCAACAUAUUCGAACUCAUCGCAAG